UAGAUCAGCUAUGAUGUCAUCAAUGUGCGACGCUGCCACCGUGUUGUGCUAAUGGAGACGCGAGCCACGACAAUAACAUUAAAACAAGCUUUAAAUACCCAUUUUGGGUUCGACGGCUUCAGGUCUAAAGUGCAGGAAAAUGUUAUCAAUGCAGUUAUUCGAGGCGACAGGGAUGUGUUUGUGUGCAUGCCGACUGGGGCAGGAAAGUCCCUGUGUUUCCAGUUACCUGCUGUAUUGGCUCCAGGCAUCACUCUGGUUAUCUCACCUUUAAUUGCUCUUAUUCAGGAUCAAGUGGAUCACUUGAGAGCUCUAAACAUCCCUGCUUGCUCCAUCAACUCUAAGCUCGCAGUAGGUGAGCGUCGGUUGAUUCUUACCGAUUUGCAAAGUGCAAACCCAAAGCUCAAGCUACUCUACAUUACACCAGAGAUGGUAGCUUCUCCAUCAUUCCAGCCUUACCUGACUGACCUGUGCUCCCGGGGCUUGCUGUCCUACCUGGCAGUGGAUGAGGCUCACUGCGUCUCCCAAUGGGGUCAUGAUUUCAGACCAGACUACCUCAAACUGGGCGAACUGCGUGCUCGCUUGCCAGGCAUUCCCUGCAUAGCGCUUACAGCAACAGCUCCUAAAAAGGUCCAAGAGGACAUUGCUCAGUCCCUGAAGCUGCAUCAGCCGCUGUCUUUUACAACGCCAGUUUUUCGCAGUAAUUUGCACUAUGACGUCAUCUUCAGUGAGAUUCUUCCGAAACCCUAUGAUCAUCUCCAUGCUUUCAUUAAAAAGGCACUUGGUGGUGGUGUCUCAAAAGCACAGGGUUGUGGUAUUGUCUACUGUCGGACAAGAGAAGGUUGUGAAACUGUAGCCUACCAGCUUACCAAACUCGGUGUCCUGGCAAAGCCUUAUCAUGCUGGUCUGAAGCCAGGAGAUCGUACAGAGGCCCAGGCUGACUGGAUGGCUGGAAAAGUGGUGGUUAUUGUAGCCACCAUCAGUUUUGGUAUGGGUGUUGACAAGGCCAAUGUAAGGUUUGUCGCCCAUUGGAACCUGGCAAAAUCCAUGGCCAGCUACUACCAAGAAUCUGGACGAGCAGGCAGAGAUGGACUGCCGUCCCUUUGUCGCAUUUACUACUCCCGGAAAGAUAAGGAUCAAAUUCUGUUCCUCAUCAAUCAGGAGGUGACACGGAAAAGGAACAAACGAGGUUAUGCAAAGGAAUCCGACAACACGGCCAUAGCAGACUUCGACGCCAUGGUUCGUUUUUGUGAGCAGGAAAGUUGCCGCCAUGCUACCAUUUCCAAAUUUUUCGGGGACCAGCCGCCGGACUGCGCGGGUGCUUGCGACUAUUGCUCCAACCCGAAAGGCGUGCGAGCUCAGCUGGAAGCGGCUUACAGCACCAGCAUCGCCGCUCCGAGCAAAGAACCAAAGAAACCGUUCGGGUUCGAUCAAGAGCUUUACGGAGGAGGAAGGAAGGGAUAUGGCUUUGAGAGGUAUGACGAAAUCGCUGAAACCGUUAAUGACGACGACGACAAGAGGAAAAAGGAAUUCUCUGAUCUCUUCAGGAAGCAGAUGAGCAUAAGGAAGGGACAUGGCAAAGGGAACGAUGACUUUAUUCCUCCAGAUGCCGACUGCCCACUGAAAGAGGCAAACAGUCAGCGGAUCCCCAAGCUCCCCGUAAAGGCUAGAGAGCACUGCCUGACACUCUUGCAAGAGGCACUGUAUGACCACCAGGGGGCAGACGACUCUUUUGGUGGUCUGUCUUUAGCUGUGGAUAUUGAACAUGAGGUGUUCAAGAGAAGCAAGUCGUCUAACUUGUACAAAGCGGCAAUACUAAAGAAGGUGUCCGAGUUGAAGAAAGCACCAGCCGUAAGAGACGUGGAGAAGACCAUCGUUGGUAGCGAGACCACGCUAAAACAGGAAGACAAAGCUUCUACUUCCUUUUCCGGAGACCUGCAUGGGUUCAAAUCUGCAUCGGAAGUCUACUCAAUGAAGCGAAAGAGAGUUGGAGCAGGUUAUACUGGCUCAUCCAACCCACUAGCUGAAAAACAACAGCCGAGAGGCUCGGCGGCGGACAACGCGUCUGUCCAGGAAACACCAAACGGUGGCUCAGUUGGAGGGAUUCAACGGAGUCUGCUCAGCAAUCGGUGUGACAAACCAUCGCCUGUGACGUCAUCCAUCCGAGCGAGGACAAACUCCGCCGACUCUGCCUCCUUGAGCAGCCCCACAAAGAGAACCUGGAGCAAGAAGCAGCAGAAACUGGAGGAAGCUGCAAAACAUUCUCACAGCAUUUCUCACUAUUUUGCCAAGUCUCAAACAAUUAAGGAAAGCCAAGAGGUGGAGACCAGUAUCGUGAUUUCAGAUGAAGACCUUGACCCACAGCAGAACUCUCCUGAAGGUGGUGCUAUUGAGCCAGUUAUUGGGGAUGUGAUGCCAGCACAGAGCAGACUUGGAGUCAUAGUCAUAGAUGAAUUCAGUGAUGAACAAACGUUGCAACUGAAUCCACUCGGACAUAACACAACAGAAGAGCACAACGCAGCCGCGACACAAGAGGCCCACGCUGAAGAAGCAAUACCAGAGCAGCCUCCUCCGGCAAAACGAAGCCGUCUGGUGGACAAGAGCGACGUGCGGAAGAGAACCGUGAAGGAGCCAACGGAGACUGUGACGCUGAAAGAGGCGGCUGACGUGGUGGUCCGCUACUUGGACCCUUUUUACACUCGGGGGAAGUUUGCCAGCAAGGACCUCUUCAAGUCCUUCGCUCGCUAUUUGUCCCACCUUCUUGCAGAGGGGGGGACUCUUAAAAAGGGACAAGUGAAAACAGAAGCGAAGUCUCUCAUCAAGCACUUCUUCUGCAAGGUGAAACGCUGCGAGAGUGAAGCGGACUGGAAACAUCUUAAAAGACCGGACUACUGUAAAAACUCAGCUAAUCAGCAACGACUAUGAAGAAAAGAAUGAUUUAUGGAAUUUCUCUCUGUUUGUGCCUUGGGGUUUUUCUUCACUUGACCUCAUGUUUCAACGCACAGAACGACUAGGUUCAGCUUCAAAUGUUUGAGCCAUAAUGCUCUGCUCUUAAAUCUCCAAUGGAGAAAUGGAUGUGAAUUAUACACAAUGCUAUUGUUUUGGCUCAAAAUUAUUUUCUGUUGAUUACUGAUUCAUUCUUGUACCAUUUUUUAUUUGUAAAUAUUUUGUAUAUUUUGUACGUGGCGAUAAGCCAAAGAGCAUUGCCACCCCUCAGUGCUUAAUUGUUCAUGUUAAUGUCCACAUUGACAAUUCGGGUAUAAAAGUGGUUGUUAUAUGAA